AUGGUUCACUCUAACCAUAAAUUUGAUGAAGAUAAUAUACAUUCUGAUGCAUCAAUUUCUUCUUUAAUGUCUACGGGGAAAAUAAAUUUAUCAAGAAAAAAAUCUUCAAAAAAAGCCCAGUCUCAUGAAAAACUAAAUUUUGCAACUGAAAAAAGACUGGUUGAUGGUAAUGCUACAUAUGCACCAAAUAAGAAGCAUUGCCCAACAUGUAGUUGUCGCUCAGAUAAUUCUGUAACAGUUACUAAAUCCGAUUUAGAAUCACUCAAAAGAAGUAUCGAAUAUCGAAUCAAGGAAGAAGCAAAAAUAACUCGAGCAUUAAUUGAAGUUCCAAAUAAAACUACAGAUAUUGAAAAAAUACUUAAUGACAAUAUAAUUAUGGAUUUGCCCAAAAUGACCUUGGAAAGUUUUAAAGAUUUUGAGAGACAGUUAGAGUCUGACAUUGAACUUGUAAAAAAAUUGAAAUGUUUUAUCGUUCUCAAUAUGAAAACCUCUUCAAAAGUAAGUGAUAACUUAACAGCAGUUAUUCCUAAAAUAAUCUGUAAAGAGGUUCAACUAAUGUACAGUGCGUUUGGAAGGGAAACUAAUGGCCAAAAAAAACUUAAUUUUUCUUCUACCAUCACUUAUAAAUACUUACUAGAAGCACUUACAACUAAACAUGAAAAUGUAAAGGGAAAAGAGAUUUCGAGCAUUUUAAGCCGUUGGUUUUCGGGGGCCAAGGACCGCGAAGGAGGGAAGAAACUUAGAAUGAAGAAUGACUGA